AUGGAUUUUAUGAUAUCACACUUUUGCGAUGAGCAAAAUCAUCAACCUUUAUACAAAACAAGGUAUUUAAUUUUCAUUGUUUCAUGGAAAAAUCGAUUUUUUUGCAGAAAACAAUCUUUAUCCGACGGGUCACGACCAAAACUUUUAUCCUCCUCACUGCCUGAUGAUUUUAGCGAUAUGGAAAAUGAGAAUUGUCUUCCACCAGAAACCGAGCUCGGAAACAUUGAAUACAAAGCAAAGUUGGUGAACCCAACAACUUCGCGCAUUCAACAUUUGAUCACUCAAAUGAAAUGGCGACUUCGCGAAGGUCAAGGCGAAGCGAUAUACGAAGUUGGUGUGGAGGAUGGUGGACAUAUGACGGGUUUGACGGAUCACGAGCUCAACGCAUCGUUGACCACGUUGCGGACUAUGGCGCAGGCGCUUGACGCAAGUAUGGUGAUUUUGACGGAGAAGGAUGUCACGAAAAUUGAUGGCGUGCGGAGAACUGUUGUUGAGGUGCUUGUUAGGAAGGUGCCCGAAAGUCAGCAAUUUAUCGAGUUGCGGUGAGUUGUUUUUUCGCACGAUGAAAGAUUUUAUUAUUGCGAUAAGACGGGGAAAACACUUGGAUGAUUGCCAAAUUGUUUUUUUUUUUUUGAGAAAAAUUGUCAGUGAACUUGAUUCUAGAUUAUGAAUUUUUCACGUGGAUUUGAGCUCCUAGGUUUAAAAAUGUCAGAAAAUUCAAAUGGUCCGGCAACUCGGAAAUAAACAUGGUCUAAAAUGAAAGAUUUUCAUCUCAAGAUUGUCCGAAUCUAUAUAAAAAGUUGCGAAAAAGCUCUCUCGAUUUUAUAGACCCCGAGGAAAACACCAGAGAAAUGGAGGGACUGGGAGAAAAUAACCUUGGGGACUAGAAUUUUCCUAGUCCCUCCAUUUCUCAAAAGCUUUUCCUAGGAAAGGCUCCUCUGGCUCUAUAUAAUCGAGAAAGCUUUUUCGCAACUUUUUAUAUAGAUUCAGACAAUCUAGAGAUGAAUAUCUUUCAUUAUAGAUCAUGUUUAUUUCUGGGUUCGCGGGCCAUUUAAAUUUGCUGACAUUUUUAAAGUUUGAGGGUGGUCUAGGAGCCCAAAUCCACGUGAAAAAUUAGAUUUUCUAAGCAAUUUCAAAAUCUAGAAUUAAGUUCAGUUUGCCAUAUUUCUGCACCCUAAAUCCUCUGAAUUUUUGCAGGCUCGCAGUCAUCGGCGCUGCCGACGUCGGAAAAUCGACACUUUGCGGCGUGCUCACCCAAGGAGCCCUCGACGACGGAAACGGCAAAACUCGUCUCAAUCUCUUCCGCUUCCCCCACGAAGUCCGCACCGGAAAAACGAGCUCUGUAUGUAUCGAUGUUGUCGGGUUUGAUAAUCGUGGAAAACUCGUCAACUACUCGCAAAAUAGUCUCGAAGAACUUGUCGAAAAAUCGACAAAACUCGUCACACUCAUCGAUUUGGCUGGUGAUAAUAAAUAUAUGAAGACAACGAUUCACGGCCUGUCCGGAUAUAUUCCACAUUUUUCGUGUUUGGUGGUGGCGGCGGAUUGUGGACCAACUUCGGCUACGAGGGAACAUUUGGGAUUGGUGGCCGCGCUGAAUAUUCCGAUGUUUGUUCUGAUUACCAAGAAGGAUUUGGUGGAUAAACAACAACUUGAAAGGUACUAAAUUUUUCUCGAACUCUAGGGAAGACCCAUGAUUUUUCAGUGUCAUUCGAAAUGUUUCACUUCUCCUCCACAAAGCCGGCAUGACAACACUUGGAAAACGUGUAAAAACAAAACGCGACGCCGUCAAAGCCGCUCAACAAUUAUGCACAAAUUCAAUAGUGCCCAUAAUCUGCGUCUCUUCAGUGACUGGCGAAGGGUUUCGACUCGUCAGAACCCUGAUGAACCUCCUCUCAACCGCCGGAACUGCCGAGUCUCGUUUACAACUCGUCGGUCUUCCCACAUUUUUCCAAAUCGAAGAGUUGUUCCAAGUGCCACAUGUUGGACAAGUUGUUGGUGGAAUGUUGUCGGAAGGACAACUUCAUGAGGGCGCCAAUGUUUUGGUGGGACCAACAAAAGAUGGAAUGUUCCACGAGGCGAGCAUUGGAAGUAUUCGGCGAAGUCGACAAGCUGUGGCUUGUGUAAAUCCGGGUGAAGCUGCGUCGAUUGCGUUGAAUGUGGAAAGGAAAGAUGUUGUAUUGAGAAGGGUUGGUUUUUUUUUUGGGAUUUGGAGGAAAAUUGAUCUAAAAAUUCAUCAAUUUUCCAGGGAAUGGUCAUCUCAUCACUCAAACAUCCACCAAUCGCCAGUUUCGAGUUCAGCGCCAAUCUCUUUCUGCUCUACCAUCCGACUCGUCAAAUCAACGAAGGAUUCCAAACCACCGUAUUCAUCGGAAGCAUCUGCGGAACCGCUUCGAUCACAAAAAUCUACGACGACGGAUUAAUGCGACAGGGUCGAUGGUGUCGAGUGGAAAUGCGUUGGACUUGUGCGCCUGAAGUCAUCCGGUCUGGAAACCAGAUUAUUUUCAGACACGGAAAGACUAAAGGCAUGGGAGAGGUUGUAGAUGUUGUGCCGAUAGUCGAGAACUGA